AUGUCCGGCUGCGAGCUGCCCGUGGGCACCUGCCCGGACAUGUGCCCCGCCUCCGAGCGCGCCCGCCGCGAAAAGGAGGGCCGCCUGCACCGCUUCGAGGUGGCGCCGGGCGGCGGCGGGCCCCGGCCCCGCGCCGACCCGCAGCGCGCCGUGAAGGAGUACAGCCGGCCGGCCGCCGGCAAGGCCCGGCCGCAGCCCAGCCAGCUCCGGCCGCCCGCCGUGCUGCUGGCCACCGUGCGCCACCUGGCCGCUGAGGUGGCCGGCCGCGCCGACGCCUCCCGCGCCGAGGUGGCGGGCUUCGUGGCGGACCGGCUGCGCGCCGUGCGCCUGGACCUGGCGCUGCAGAGCGCGGGCGCCGCCGAGGCGGCGGCGGUGCUGGAGGCGGCGCUGGCCGUGCUGCUGGCCGUGGCGGCGCAGCUCCGGCCCGGCGCCGCGUGCGGGCCGGUGGCCCCGGCGCUGCUGCAGGCCCAGGUGCAGGAGGGCUUCGGCUCGCUGCGGCGCUGCUACGCGCGGGGCGCGGGGCCGCACCCCCGCCAGGCCGCCUUCCAGGGCCUCUUUCUGCUCUUUAACCUGGGCUCCGUGGAGGCCCUGCACAGCGUUCUGCAGCUGCCAGCCGCCCUGCGCUCCUGCCCAGCCCUCCGCACAGCCCUGGCCGUGGACGCGGCCUUCCGGGAGGGCAAUGCUGCCCGCCUGUUCCGCCUGCUCCGGGCCCUGCCGUACCUGCAGAGCUGCGCCGUGCAGUGCCACGUGGGCCAUGCCCGCCGCAGAGCCCUGGCCUGCCUCGCGCGUGCCCUGAGCACCCCCAAGGGCCAGACCUUGCCCCUGGGGUACGUGGUCCAUCUGCUGGCCCUGGAUGGGCCCGAGGAGGCGCGGGACCUGUGCCAGGCCCACGGACUGCCCUUGCUGGGACAGGACAGAGUGGUGUUCCAGAGGGGCUCCUACACUGAGGAAGGGCUGCCGCCAGCGGGCACCUGCAGAGUGCUGGUGGGAAGCAAGCUGGGAGGGCGCUCCCUGGAGGAAGUGGUCAUGGCGGAGGAGGAGGAAGAGGUGGGCGGGGACAGCGCCAAGCCCCUUGAGUAA